AUGCCUGCUGCUGCCAACGCCCACGUGUCGCACAAGUUGUCGUCAACGAAAUAUUUUAAUGUUAAUAACUAUUGCGAAAAAAUUCUAUUGAUGUCAAUUGUUUCUGCAACGUCACCUAAACAUGUCGUAAUCACUUGCGUGAAUUUAACAUGUUGCGGUGAAUCUACGACAUACUACACAGUGCUCGAAAACGACUGUGCUCGACUGUACUGGGGCAAGUCCAUAUCCCCCUAUUUCCUUCCCUCUACCCCUCAACCCUUCCCUCCCUAUGAUCAUAUUCGUCCCUCAAAGGCCGGCAGCGCGCUUGUAUCCCCUCUGGUGUUGCAGGUGUCCAUGGGCGACGAUAAUCACUUACCAUCAGGUGAUCCGUCUGCUCGUUUGCCCACUAUCCCAUAAAAAAAUGACUGAUAAUUUUUCAAAUAAGUCUUAUAAACUUUAUUUUGUUAAAUAUUUACAAAUUAAAAUGGUUCAUAUUUUUCGUACAUAUAACAAAAACCCGUAUUUUCACAUGUAGGACACGAGCAUAUAAAGCUACCACUUAGCGAUCCGAACUCACUUGAUAUUUAUCUAUCCUUUUGA